UCAUUAUUAAUGCCUCGUGGUGCCGCUCACAAAGCAUACCCUCCGGUAGCAGCAUGCAGCCUUCUGCUGACCGUUUUGAGCUUUUAAUGCAGCUAAAACCCCGUUCCACGUGUCCUCUUAUAAUUUCCCAUUUGGUUCCCUCCUCGGGUUGGCCUUCUCUUCUGCUCCUCCGGUUUUCCUUCCCUUCUUUCCCCUUCGGUUUCCAAAGUACAUUUGAAACAUAGCAACAAAACAGCAGAUUGUAAGCUAUCUCUUUCUAUCUCUUAGCUACGUACCCCUGCUAGAAUGCGGCAGCGGCUCUCGUAUCUUAGUGGGAAAAGUUUCAAGUUCCUUCUCUCUGUGUCCAUUGGGAAGAGGAGAGGAGUAGAAGGAGGUCCACCUACCUCCCCUCGCCAAGAUGACAGCAAACCCAUGGAGCCAUUGCCGGACGAGAAGCCGCCUCCGAAGCCUAGUUGGAGAUGCUUUUCCUAUGAAGAAAUCCACGAAGCAACGAAUGGUUUUCAUCAAGGUAAUUUGGUCGGCAGAGGGGGGUACGCCGAGGUGUACAGAGGAGUUCUGGAGGAUGGACAGGUGAUCGCGGUGAAGAGGCUGACGAGAGCUUCGACCGAUGAGCAGAAGGAGAAGGACUUCUUGCAGGAGCUUGGGACCAUUGGCCAUGUCCGACAUCCCAACGUCUCGGCCCUCUUGGGUUGCUGCAUCGACCGUGAUCUUUACCUUAUUUUCGAGUUCUCUUCGCGCGGUUCUGUCUCCUCUAAUCUCCAUGAUGAGAAAUCGCCACCGAUGGCCUGGAAGCUGAGGUACGACAUCGCAGUGGGCACAGCUCGUGGGCUACAUUACUUGCACAAGGGAUGCCAGAGAAGGAUUAUUCACAGAGAUAUCAAGGCCUCUAAUAUCCUCCUGACAACCAAUUUUGAACCUCAGAUUUCAGAUUUCGGGCUUGCAAAAUGGCUUCCAUCCGAGUGGACUCACCGUGCCGUCGCACCAAUUGAAGGGACAUUCGGGUGUCUGGCACCAGAGUAUUUCAUGCAUGGGAUCGUUGAUGAGAAGACUGAUGUCUUUGCUUUUGGUGUAUUCCUCUUGGAGAUCAUAUCAGGGAGGAAACCGGUGGACGGGUCUCACAUGAGCUUGCUUAGCUGGGCAAAACCUUAUUUAGGUGAUGGCACGAUACAGAAACUGGUGGAUCCGCGACUGGAACAGGACUACGACUUGGGACAGUUGAACAGGCUUACCUUCAUAGCCUCUCUCUGCAUCAGGGCAACUGCAGCAUGGCGUCCAUUCAUGACCGAGGUAUUGGAGCUAUUGGAUGAUGGGGAGGUGCUGCAAGAUCGAUGGAAGAUGCCUGAAGAGGAACAGGAGGAAGAUGAGUUCUGGGGCUUUGAUGAUCUCGACGACGAGUAUGAUAGCCCCUCAUCAUCUUCAUCAACAAGAAGCUCCCAACAGUAAUUAAUCUUCGGAUAAUAUAUCUUAAUAUUCCAACUCCAUUUGAGUGGGGAGAGAAUGUACAUGGCUGCUUAGUUGUAGCAAAAUGGGACUAUAUUGCCUUUAUGUCUAUGUAUACUUGAUUUAAGGUCAAGACCCUUCUAUCUCAAAAUACUAUCCUUUUGGCUGA